AUGUCCCUCUACUUUGAUGCGGCCGCUAUUUUGACCGCGCCCUCCUCUGGCGGCUCGUUCAAGUCGAGAAUCUACAGUGCCCGAAAUCUGCGCGCAACUCCGGCGCAGAUCUAUGCGCUGACCACCGAGACCGCGAAAUGGGAUACAGUAUUGGCAGAGGUUAUCGAUAAAGCAGGCAUUCUUGCCCUCGAGCGCAAGCUCUCUCCUCUUCUUGCGCUUCUCCUCGUCCAUGAUCACCUACUCUCGAAAAAAGGCAUUGCGGCCCCCGCGGCGCACCCCAUCCGCCAGGCUGUUGAGCGUCACAAGGUUCGACUGAGAGCCGAGUUUACCAAAGCUCGUGUUCGUCGUGGAUGUGCUUCGGUUGAACAAUUAAAGGCCGCGGUGAUCCGUGAGAAACGUGAAGCCGAUGGCACCAUUCAUUUUGUUUACCCGCGCUGGGUACGCAUCAACAAUAUUCGGACUACCUUGGAGGAGCAGCUCAGCACGACAUUCAAGUCUUAUCGACGGGUAGACAGCCUGGCAGCAUUGGCUCCGGAGGACGAGUUGGAAAGCCGCAAGCCGGAGCCCAGGUUGUACAUCGAUCCUAAUAUCCCGGAUUUGGUGGCUGUCCCCUUUGGCGCGGAUUUUACUUCCUCGUCUGCAUACAAAAAUGGAGAGAUCAUCCUUCAAGACAAAGCGUCGUGCUUCCCAGCAUAUCUCUUGCUGGGUGAUCGUGGGCCGAAAGACCCAUGGCAGGGCGAUUUGGUGGACGGCUGUGCUGCGCCAGGCAAUAAGACCACCCACAUGGCUUCGUUGCUAGCAAAACAAAAGAGCAAGAAGAAUAAACAAAGAAUCUUUUCUAUGGACGCAUCAGCUAUGCGUUCCAAAACCCUACAGAAGAUGGUUGGACUGGCUGGGGCUGACUCAAUGGUCAAUGUGCUACCGGGUCAGGAUUUCCUGGCUCUCGACCCAGAAGAUCCUCAAUUCGAGAACGUAACCGGGUUACUGCUUGAUCCCAGUUGCUCUGGUAGCGGUAUUAUCGGCCGUGACGAUGUUCCUCAACUCACACUGCCUGCUGCACCACCAUCCUAUGCCCCCAAGUCACAGGGCAAGAAGCGUAAGCGCCAGGACGACCAGGAAGCAGAUGGCGAACAGUCAAAAGCUACUCCCGGAGUCCCGCAGGCCUUACCCACAGAUGAAAACGACAUUCCUGAUGGAACAAUCGACCCAGAACGACUCACUAAGCUAUCGAGCAUUCAAGCUCGAAUUGUUGAACACGCUUUGAGCUUCCCGAAUGCAACACAUGUCACAUACAGCACUUGUUCCAUCCAUCUUGUCGAGAACGAAGGUGUUGUAGCUCGCAUCUUGGCGUCGGAGGUUGCUCAAGAGCGCGGAUGGCGCCUUUUGCGGCGAGACGAGCAGCCAGAAGGUAUGCGCCGGUGGAACAAGCGAGGUGUUCGAGAGGAAAAGUCCAAGGAAGGGGAAACCGGGCCAUCAGGCACAGUCGAUCUCCCUGACGAGGCGCUCGAAGCCUGUAUCCGCUCUUGGCAAGGUGAUGCCGAGGGUCUAGGAGGAUUCUUCGUUGCUGGAUUUAUUCGGGACCCCGAUCAUGCUGUGCCAGCUCCAGCUGCUACAAAAAAAGAGUUUCAGACGAAGAAGAAACAGAAGCAGAAGCAAGAGAAGAAACAAGAACAGGAAAACGACGACGAAGAUGAAGACGAAGAAUGGGGUGGAUUCUCAGAUUAG